UGCAUCUACUUAAUAUUCAUUUUUCAUACUUCUACAAUACCGAUUUAUCAAUAGUUUGUAUUUGUCUGAUCAGCCGCGCGGCAACGCGCGCCUUUAUGUUCUACUCCCUCCGUCCGGAAAUAUUUGUCGGAGAAAUGAAUGUAUCUAGAUGUAUUUUAGUUUUAGAUACAUCCAUUUUCAUACAUUUUUGCGACAAGUAAUUUCGGACGGAGGGAGGGAGUAGUAUUUUAGAGAAGUAGAGCACGAGGGCCUCGUGGAAUAAUAAAACUGUGGCGGUAGAAAACGGGGAGAGCUGACCGUAGACCGAGCCCGAACCCCGAAGCGCGUGGCGUUGUGCGCGGCACACGCCAUACCGCCGCCGGCACCACACCGGGUCACCACCAACCGCCGUCCCCCUCCGGCUUCAAAAGCUCCAGCCUUUCUUCCUUCCCACUCGUCCUCCCACCAGCCCGAGGCGAAAACCAAUUCCACGUCCCCUCCGCCCUCCUCUCCACAGCCCGCGGAGCCCAAGAACUCCGAGACACAUCAACCGGUUAUCCACGGCUAUUGGCCUGCAUCAGUCUGGUCUGCAGAGAGAGGAGAAGCCUGCUGCAUUCCUCGCCUGAUGAUGGCGAGCACCAGCACGGCCUCCGCGACGGCCGUGGCCGGCGCGUUCGCCGCCGCCGGUGCCCACAGGCCGCGGGGCUCCGCUGCCUGCCCGAGGGCGCCCGCCGGCGGGCGGCAGCGGCUGUCCUGCGUGGUGCGGUGCGACGCCGGCCCGGGGGUCCAGGCCCAGGCGGCGGCCAAGGCGGCCAGCGUCGCCGCGCUCGAGCAGUUCAAGAUCUCCGCCGACCGCUACAUGAAAGAAAAGAGCAGCAUUGCUGUAAUAGGUCUCAGCAUACACACAGCACCGGUUGAGAUGCGUGAGAAGCUCGCGGUCGCAGAAGAGCUAUGGCCCCGUGCCGUUGCAGAGCUAACCAAUCUUAAUCAUAUUGAAGAGGCUGCUGUUCUUAGCACCUGCAACCGAAUGGAAAUUUAUGUGGUCGCUUUAUCCUGGAACCGAGGCAUUAGAGAAAUAGUAGAUUGGAUGUCAAAGAAAAGCGGGAUCCCUGUUUCCGAGCUCAGGGAGCACCUCUUCAUGUUGCGUGACAGCGAUGCAACGCGCCAUCUGUUUGAGGUUUCUUCUGGGCUUGACUCUUUGGUUCUUGGAGAAGGACAGAUACUUGCUCAGGUUAAACAGGUUGUCAGAAGUGGGCAAAACAGUGGAGGCUUGGGGAAGAACAUUGAUAGGAUGUUCAAGGAUGCAAUCACAGCAGGAAAGCGUGUCCGCAGCGAGACUAACAUAUCAUGUGGCGCUGUGUCGGUUAGUUCAGCUGCGGUUGAAUUAGCCCUGAUGAAGCUUCCAAAGUCUGAAUGCUUGUCAGCUAGGAUGCUUUUGAUUGGUGCUGGCAAAAUGGGGAGGUUAGUGGCCAAGCAUUUGGCUGCAAAAGGAUGCACGAAGGUUGUUAUUGUGAACCGCUCGGUUGAAAGGGUGGAUGCCAUCCGUGAAGAGAUGAAAGGCAUCGAGAUUGUGUACAGGCCUCUGACAGAGAUGUAUGAAGCUGCCGCCGAUGCAGAUGUCGUGUUCACGAGCACCUCAUCUGAAUCUCCAUUGUUCACCAAGGAGCGCGCAGAAGCACUUCCUCCUGUUUCUGGUGCCCUUGGCGGUGUUAGGCUUUUCGUUGACAUAUCCGUCCCGAGGAAUGUCAGCGCCUGCGUGUCUGAUGUUGGCCAUGCGCGAGUGUACAAUGUUGAUGACCUGAAAGAGGUGGUGGAAGCCAACAAGGAAGACCGGCUAAGGAAAGCAAUGGAGGCCCAAACAAUCAUUUCAGAAGAACUGAAACGGUUCGAGGCUUGGAGGGACUCGAUGGAGACCGUUCCAACCAUCAAGAAGCUGAGAUCAUAUGCCGAUAGGAUCAGGGCUUCAGAGCUUGACAAGUGCCUGCAGAAGAUCGGAGAAGAUGCUCUCACCAAGAAAAUGAGAAAAUCCAUCGAGCAGCUCAGUACCGGCAUAGUGAACAGACUUCUCCACGGCCCAUUGCAGCACCUGAGAUGUGAUGGCACUGACAGCCGCACCCUUGAUGAAACACUCGAGAACAUGCACGCCCUCAACAGGAUGUUUGGCCUCGACACCGAGAAGGCGGUCAUGGAGCAGAAGAUCAAGACAAAGGUGGAGAAACAGCAAACCCAAAACUGAGAUCAGCGGUCUAGUUCCUGCCUGUAGAUCUACAUAUACUCCCAAUCUGUCCUGACUCUAAUUCCAAUUUUGUUUAACCAUCUCUUACUGGGCCCUCCUUGGUGAGUUCGUCCAUUGUAUAGUGAAUUAGCGCCUGCCAUUGCAGGCGCCAAAUAUGUUGAGACAGCAAAAUGUUUGUACUCCACAACAGCUUUUGUGCAUUAUCAUGGAUAUUGUGGCAUGGCCUCUUUGAUUCA